AUGGCUCCGUCGCCUCCGCGUGUUGCGCGAACUUCGGUGUAUCCGCCCCUCGACUUCAGUUCUUUAUCCUGGAUUUUCAUCGGCGACAAAGACUUGGCCAAGAACCUGCCUCUGCUCCGCCAGCGCCACAUUUCCUACAUCAUCAACUGCACGCCGGAAGUCGCGAGCGGCGGCGUCCCGAACUACCACGUCCAUUCGCGUCACGCGGCUCUGGGCCUUUCGCGGGCCUCGAGCGCCGGUCGCCUCUCGCCUCCACAUGGCGACGCAAAUCCCGGCGGGGCCUUCCCGCUCCGGCCCCUGGAGUACCAUCGCUUGGACAUGGUAGACAACGCGACGGAGAAACUCUCUCGCCACUUUGAACGCUUCUGGGCGCUGAUGGAGCGCGUGCGGAUCCGGGAAAGCGGGAACGUCUUGGUCCACUGCAACCAGGGCGUCUCCCGCUCCGUCGCGAUGGUCUCUUCCUACCUGAUUCGCUUCUUCAAGAUGACCGCCGACGACGCGGUCGCCCUCAUCCAAAUCAACCGGCCGGUUGCCAAGCCGAACGACGCGUUCAUGCGGCAGCUGCGCGAACUCGACGCCGAGCUCCGAGCGUCGGGCGCGUACCCGCCGAAUGCAGUCGCCUUCUCGCUAGCCGACGCCAGACACGACCAAGAAUCCCUCCUCGCGCACGAGCGUCACCUGGCUUCCUGCCGCCGCGCCUUCGCCGCCAUGGAGUCUGCGCAGGCGGUCGCAGCUGCCUCCAACCGACGGGUCAUCGGCCCCGCCCGGCCCCAGGCAGGCCCCGAGUGGGAUCGGUCGCCUCCCCGGGGCGGGGUCGUUGGACCCGCGUUGCCGCCGCAUCUCCAGACUCGAGGAGACUCCGGCGGCGCGGCGGAAGAGGUGGGCGGAGCGACCAAGAAGGCGUCGAACGGCCUUGAGAAGGCUGAAGGAGACGGGGGCGAAGAAGAGAAAGAGAAAGAGAGAGACACGGGAGACGCGAGUGGAGAACGGACAGAGGGUGUGGCGAUCGGGCCGCAGUUCCCGGCGCAGGUCGGAAGGGACGAGGAGAGGCGCGGAAACAGCGGAGACGAGAACGCGGAAAAGUCUUUGGAAGCGAGCGGGAGCCACGAAGGCGAAGCUUUUUCUCGUCGAGAUAAGGACGCGGAAGAAGCCGGAGAAAGCGCGCGUCAGCUGCGCUCUCACCGGUCUCUCCCUGAGCAGCGAGAGGCGAGUGGGGCGGGUAGCCAGUGCGACGGGGUCGCGGGGAGUUGCGCAGCCGAGGCUGAGCGGGGUAAAGUCACAGAGGCUGUCCCAGGAGGCGAGGCAGCGACAGGGCGGCACGACUUCUCCGGGGAGCCUGCUGGUGGCGGCGAGAAGGACGGGAAGGCCGAGAGGGAAGACAAGGCGGCUCAGGAGCAGCGACGCGCGCGAGGUUGGCCAGUGGAGGAGAGAGAGCACAGGACUUUGAACGGGUCUCGCUCGGAGGCUGGAGUCGAUCUCGGAGGCGGAGAAGACGCAAGGGAGCGAGGCGACGAGGACACAGUUCGAACGGAAGAAGACGGGGAGAAGGGUGAACAGAAGAGGGGAAGCCGAGACGACAUGCAGACGGACAGAGUUCGCGGCAGAGGGAGGGAUUUCCAGGGGGCUUCGGUGAAAGGAGACAGCGUGCAUUCGACGCGGUCAAGGUCGCCGUCUGUCGCCACAGCCUCCCGUUCCUCGCGUUCUCCUUCCUUCCAUCGGCCUCCCAAUUCUGACCUAAGAGCCCGUCUCAAGACUCCCUGGGUCCCACCGCCGCUCUCAGGGACGCUCUCCAGCAAGCGCCGCGACUCGUGCUCUCCGUCCUCGACUGCGAGCUCCUCGGCCUCUAGGAUUUCAGAUGGUCGGGCAUCAAAGGAGACGCACGGUCGGUGCGAGUCUGUGGGCCCGUCGCGUCCGUCUGCAGCUUUCUCGUCGCGUGCACCCGAGUCUGCAGUGGCGAGUUGUGCGCCUCCGCCGCUGAGAUGGCGAAGAGAGACAGAGCGGUCGCGUUCUCGCGGAUCGUCUCCAAGUUGCCGGCGGCCUCUCGGUUCAGAGACCUCCCGCGACAUCGCAGAUCAAAAGGACAGAACUGCGUCUUCAUGGUCUUCCCGGUCAGCCUCAGACGACGAAGUCGCGUUUGUUGGCGAGCGGAAGCCGUCCCCGUCUGGAGGAGGGGCUGCGCGCGGGCCUUCUGAUCGUGUGUCGGUCGACAGUGAGGGGGAACGACGACGAAAAGCUGCAAGGCUCCGCAGCCCCGUAAGCGUGGACAGCAGGAGUCAAAGCGCAGAGAGAAGCGACAAGUGCAUGUACGCCUCGCCUUCGUCGUCUCCGUCGCCCGACAGAUAUGCACGCGGGCAGUCCAGGCCAGAGGCGAGGCGACGCAGUCGUGGAGAACACGAGAGAGACGGACACCCAUUUCUCGAGCGUUCCUACCGCUCUGGAAGCAGUGCUAGCAGUCGAACGAGCUCUCCUGGUGCUUGGGGACGGCGAGGAGCGAGUCCUGUGCGACACGGCGGGGGCGAGAGAGCGAGGCGAAGGCGCUCCUCUUUCCACAGUGGCAGUGACGACGAUCUGCCUACACGAAAUGGCCAGAGAAACGGGACGCCCUCGCAGCAGUGGAAGGCUUUUCGACGCGGGGCAGACUCGCCGCGGUCUGCGUACCGUCGUGAGAAAUCCUGUUCCAGCGAGCGAGGAGACAGAUACAGCGGAGUCGCUGCCGGGCGGAGCUGGACGCCGAGGUCGGGAUGUGGAGAUGCACGACCUGUGAGAAGCGAAGCGGAGAGAAAAGGAAAAUACCCCCACCGCGUCGCCCAGGAUGUUGACUCGAGCCGGGAGAGCAGAUCAAGAAGCGCGAGUCGGAGCUUCUCUGGCGAGAGAAGGCGCAGAAGGGCGGCCGCUGGAGCCAGGUACUGCGACAGCCCUCGGCGGCCCGUAUGGAGGCGGGGAGGAAAAGUGUGUGGUCAGAGGGUCUGA